CUGUAGAUGCCUCACUGACGCAUGUGUGUCUCAUCGGGAAUGUAAACAAAAUUCUAUACGAGUAUUCAGCCCAUGUUUUUCCCCCCGAUAUACCAGUGUUUCUCUUCACUUCUCUUGCGCAGUGAUUUCUUACACAUUUCCACAUAUCAUCCAAAUAAUAUUUAAAUCCAUUCACCCGGGUAUUCAUCUAUUUAGUUAUUUAUUCUGGAUAAUUCAUUUAUUUAUUUAUUUAUUCGUGUUGGUACUUGUGUGGUGAGUGAUUGGAAGGAUUCAACGAUCUGACUUGUGUACUAAUGGAGUUGUUUCGGUUACAUGGAACACAUGAAUUAUUGUAGAACAGUUAUCGAGUGUUGAAGACAACGGGCUGUUUAUUUUGGAGUCUUGGAGUGGUUUGGAGUCAUCUGUGCUAUUGGAUGGGAAAUACCGUGGGAAUCAGUGAAUCUGGAGUCAUUGCAAUCGAUGAUGAGAAAAAUGUCAGUGUCAUCGGUUGACGUGAAUUAUUCGACAUUUGAUACAAAAUGAUCGAUUACAAGAGGAGUCCUUGAGAGCGAGGACGGCAGGAUAAAAGACACCGAGGAUAAUCGUAUUUCCACAAAAAUGGGAAACAGCAGCUCCCAUCAGCACGGUCCCACGAAUUUAACAUCCCAGGAGAUGGGACGCGGUUGGACACAAUCAUUUCCUCGUGAAUUGACGCGACACCACUCGCAACCCCCUGGUCACAAGGUCCUACCAGAACCACCCAAUCAGUGUUUACGUGCUACCAAUAAUGGUAAUAUCAUUCACAACGGUGGCACCAUAAGUGGCCGAAGACCAUCGGCUUUGACGUUGCCGCACGAUCUUAACAAGCAGGAGGCAUAUCGCAGCCGGAGUAGUUCAAACAUGGCAUCUCGUUGUCGUGAUAACGGUAACAAUCAUUACUGCAGUGGCCACUAUCGUCCCUGCAAUGGCAGUUGCCGGGGCAAUGAAAUGAUGGAAAUAAAGCGUUUUGGAAGUGAACCAGACCUGCGUUAUUCACCAACAGAACCCUGUCGUUCCAACGAAACACGUCACUCUGGCUAUUAUCCAGAGCGAGAGAGCCGUUACCGGGGUAAAAAGAAAUACAAAGCACCAGCACCACCAACCAACGGUGAUGGCUCAUCACCAGACUCUUACAAGUGGGAAAUAAUCGGUAGGGAGCGUGAAAAUAUGAGACAAGAGGAUGAUCCCAGUGUUCACCCACCACCGAGACGAUCGAGACUAUUCAAGACCCGGGCUGAAACCAAGAGACAAUCGAGUAAUUGGCAGUCACAUCAGGAUAGCAAUGACAGCAUCCUGGACAGUGAGAGACGAUGGUGUGACAGGGAGAGAGGAUCGUCCAAGGAUAAUCGAGGUUGGAGAGAUUUUCAGGAGAAUGAUCGAGCAUCGCGUACCAAGGGAGCCAACAAAUUUGAUGGCAAAAAUACACUCCAGAGAAGUCUAUCGAGUCCUGAAUUUCAGGCUGAAUUGAUGCAGGUUGCGAGAAAAGUUCGUAAUAAAUUGAACUAUAAUAAACGAGUUGGACCUGUUGGUGCUGCUACUGUUACAACUACAACUGAUGUUCGCAUUUCAAAGUCCAUGACAUCGAUUAUUGAUUCGACUCGGGAUGAAUAUCAGUCUGAUGGUAAGAAUAAUAGGCUGAUGAGUCGAGUCAAGGGGAAGAGUGAGGAGAUUGUGAGAUAUCAGGAGGAUAAAAAAUCCAAUCAAGAACGCAUCAGGUGUGAGAAUGGAGCCAUUAGGAGCAAUCAGGUACGUUCUUACGAUGAGAGUAGAAUCGAUAAGACACAUUGUGAGGAACGGGAGAAGGUCAGCCACAGGAGGAGAGUACGUGAGGAUAAGGUCAUAGUUGAAUUCAAUGGGGUAGGAAAAUUAUUGAAUGAACAGUGUCAUGAGAAGAGAAAUGAGAGAGCUGCUGUUGCUGAUGGAGGCUGUAAAAAUGAUAAGAAAGGGGAGAUGGGGAGAACGAGGUCGGAGAGCCCCGGACAGCGGAUCUCCAGAGACAGAAUGGAUGUCAGGGGUCAAGGCUCUGGGAGAGAGAGUACACCAGAACCACCGAGGACUGAGAACGAGAAGAUUGGAGAUAGGAGAAGAAGAAAUGAUAUUGCUGGGGAAAUUACUGGGGACUGCGAGAAAUGGAAAUCUGUCACUAAAUCGUUGAAGUAUCAGGUCAAGUCGGGGGAGAUGGGUACCAAGAAGAAUUGGAAUGUCAACAAUGGUUUAUCGACAAAAGACAAACAGCCUGCGAAGAAAUUCUACUUUGAUACUGAGGAUGAUAAAGUGCAGACAAGCACAGAGAAGCAUAACCGGAUUCAAAAGCGACUCCAUGAAAAGGAAUACACCAAGACUCGUAAUGAGGUUGAUGAGAUAAAAAUUCAAAACGAAGAUAUAGCCCUUAAAUUACGUCCGACCUUGCCGAAGAAGCAACUGGAGAUUCCAAGAUUCUCGCCAUCGGCAGCCUGGAGAUUGUUGUCCGCCUUGGAGACCCCAGGACCGACCAUGAGCACAGCAAGUGAAGAAAUGCCAGUAAUGUACGAGGAGCGUAUCGAAAGAUUAUCCAGACCCCCUCCCCCCUUGAUAGCCCUGGGUCCAAGAAGUUCACACGAUAAAUCAGGAGAUUCAGGCAUAUCUGGAGAUGCUGGAGGCCUGAAUGAGGAAUCUCCCAACAUCAGCACCAACAGGCUCAAGUGCCAGACAACGAGACCAACCUGGACACCUCAACAAGAUUUGGGAGAGGAAUCGAGCAGUGAUGCAGGUGUUGAUUCACCCACUCCAAUGCCACCAUCGAUUAAAUUUCCAUCGAGACCCCACGUUUUCUCUCUGUCUCUCCCUCGAGACGACAAUCGCCAAACCGUUUACGCAAUCGACAAAGGCAAGGAGAACAGCUCAUUUAAUUCCCUGCAGAAGAUAAAGAAAUCGGUAUCUGGUGCUUUUGGCUCAAGAGUGAGUGCUGGGGAAUUUGAGCGGAAGCGAAACGAAAUUAUCGAUGACAACUGGCUUUUGUCGACGAGUAGUGCACCCACGUCAUUGCAGCAUAAUCAGGUGAAUAACAGAGAGACUGGGGGCAACUCACCACAAUGGGACACUAAUUUCGAUGACGAGCCAUCAGAGGAGGAUAAACCUGAUUUUCCUGUUGUAAUGAAGCCACCGUCAUUCUCGUAUUUGGCGUCGGGAGGGCACGUUAUGUAUCUGCCCUCGUCAACUCAGAGCUUGAACUCAAGAAAUUCGAUGGUUGAUGCCACCAAAAAUGUCACCGCAUCGAAAAAUUCAAAACCACCAAAGUCUAAGAGACACUCAACACCCUCAAACAGUUCCAAUGAUGCUUUAAUUAAUGGUAGAAUAUCGGACAAUUUCAAGGAGACUGGAAAUCUUCAGCGUGAAAGGUCCUUCAUUAAUCUGGGCUCGAAGGAUCGUACUGUAUCCAUGAAUUUCUCAAAAUCCUGUGAGAAUAUCUCCGAGAUGAAGCAGCGGAGUUGUUCACCCUCCAACGUCCCCGAGAAUCUUCAAGAUAAGAGGAAUGAUCUUAGUAAUUUGAAACUAGCGAUAAAGCCAAAUCCAAAGGGUAAGCGGUUUACCUUCCAGUCGACGGUGAGGCAGAUCGAACGCCGGAGAUUGGCGGAAAAAUUGUCACGUGAGGCUGAGGCCAAAGAGCGCCAGAGGAAGAGUGAGCUUGAGGCUAUGAGGAAGGUGGAGGAGGAGUUUCAGAGGAAGCGAGCUAAAGAGAAGGCUAAUAUCAGACAGCAGUUGAGAUUGUACAGUAUGGACGAGAAUUCAAGUUUGCCUCCGGUAUGGGACUCUCAUGUGUCUCGUGCGGAUCCGGACGGCGCGCCGUCCUCAUCAGCAUCGUCACCAACUUCCGCACCACCAGGUAAACACGCCAGCAAUAGAAAGGCAAGUGUUAGCAGUGACGAGUACUACAGGAAAAAGGAAUAUCGCAUUCAACAGCAAUCGCAAACGCCGAGAGAAUACAAAGAUUAUCGUCCCAAAUACUACGACUGGGCAGGCAGUAACGAAUCGUCAUCUCAUCUUGAAAUUAAACAGACCACAGUUCAUCCUAAGAUUGUCUGCGAUAUUCCAAAGAGUUCUCAUGUAUUCGUUGAGACGAAUAAUCAUACGGGAAAGCCCAAUUCUAGUUCCACACCACGUUCAGAUAAUUACAGGAAAGAUUUUGCUCACGGUGCUGUAGCUGCGAGAUCGUCAUUGGCCAGCAGUGACAGUGAAUUAUCUCAGCCAAAUACUCGUCCUCACUCCAGACAGAAUGGAAACAAGAACAGCAAGCCCGUUCGUACUAGGGAUGUGAUGGAGUCAUCGCCAAAGGUUACGAAUGAUCAGGAAAGGAGAUCGACGACAUUAGCGCGGUCGACAAGUCCAGCGAGGAGCUCAGAGGUCGCAAGUUCAGAGGAAGAGGCACCGGUUGAAGCCAUCAAACAAGAACGCAAUUCCAUCACACCGGCAACUGGAUUUAUUCUCAAUACCGUACAGCCGUUUGUCAGGGAGAAGAGCUAUCGACCCAUUUCAUUUAAUCCUCAACCACCACCAGUCCCCAGUUAAAAUUCAAUAAGUAAUUCCACAUUUACUACUAUUUUUCAUCGUCUCCUUCACUCGUUAAUUGUUCUCAUCAAUGAAAAGUCAUUAAUGAAAUUGCCUUUUUCCGAUGGCAAUUGUUAGCUCAAAAAGAAUGCAAUUGUCAACUGAAAGAAUGACCUCAUAAUUAAUAAUUAACUCAGGAAGAUGAAUAUCAUGCAAAUCUUAAAAACUGUACAAGAAAAUUUAUAGAAAUUUAAUGAAAAUUUGUUGCGAAAAAUUUUCAGAGUUUCAUAUUAUUCUAUUGGAAUUUUCUACUGUUUUCAGGAUUCAUUCGAGUUAUUAAGAUGAAAAAUCACCAAUACGUUUUAAUGGAAAAUUAUAAAUUGUACAUUUCAAUAAUUUAUCAUCAUAAUUCUAACUAAUAACCAAAUGUGUUCCUUAAAAAUUCAUUCCCCAUCAUUUGUACUACCGUAGUAUUUAUGUUUGCAAUAUAAAAUUUAAGUUUUAACAAACACUGAAUCAAAGAUUUUUAGUCCGAAUGUGUAAUUCGUUAACCAAUUUUUCUUCUGUAAAUGUAACUUCUCUAAUCAAUUAAUAGUUUUUCAACAUAGGAACAAGGUUUAGGGAAAUAAAUGUAUUGUAAUUAUGUACAGAGAACCUCGUAAUUUGCUCACUUUAAUUUAAUCAAAUAAAUCAUUAAUGUGUUAUGUAAAUCAUUCGAUUUGUGAUUAUUUCAUACCCGCAUCGACAUUCAUCAAAUUAAAUACUCAACAGCCAUGAAAGUUUACGUAAUAUUUACUAUACUGGAAUUCCUUGAAGGAUUUAUUCCCUCAAAUUCAUGAAA